CGCCACUUUCAGGCUCCGACCCUGAUUUUCCCUAUCUUGUUCAACAAUUCCGAUCUCCAUUCUUCUUUCGCCAUUCUCCUUUAGUUCCAUACUCCAUACUCCAUAAUCAUAGAUUUCUUCCCCUCUCCCCCUUCUCACCCCUCUCCCCUUCAUUUCCAAAUUAGACAUCCUCUUCCAGCCAUGACGAUCGACACCAACCCGGCCGAAGAGCCCCCAGCAUUCAACCUAACCGAGGUCGAUCGUCAGGUCCUCGCGCAGACCGAUGAAGAAUUUAUACUCCACGACUGGGAGGAUCUCAAAUCCAUCAUAGCGCGCAACGAUCUCGGCAUCCUCAAGCGGAAACCCUCCGACCUGCACCGCUACCUGUCGUGGUCCGCCUCCACGAAACAAAAAUACGGCUCUAUCACCAACUACAUCUGCCAGGAGCGACUGCACUGGGCGCUGCCGGACACCAGACCAACUCCUACCGCAGCGGAUAGCGGCCCGGUCUUCCCCUACAACAACCCGACCCCCUUCGCCGACCCAGCCGACUACAAGAUCCUGCGGAACGACUGGCCCUACGGCCUGAGCCCGGGGAUCACGCACUUGGUGGUCUGGCUCCGCACACCCGUGGCCGUGAACCCGGACGACGGGGAUCUGACGCCCGAGUCGCGCGCGCUGAUCGAGGGGUUCGUGCUGCGCACGUUCGUGGGCCGGUUGGCGGCGGAGCAGCGCGGCGGCGCGGGGUUAUUCCCUGAUUCGCCGCGGGACCAUGUGCUCUGGUUCAAGAAUUGGACCGCCUUGCAGAGUGUGCGCAGUCUCGAGCAUAUCCAUGUCUUGGUGCGGGAUGUGCCGGAGACGAUCUUGUUGGAGUGGACGGGGGAGGGGCCGCCGCAGCAUUGA